UUCUUGUCCAACACGGUAAAAAAAGUAUGCUCGAUCUGGAUCCAGCAUGUAGCAUCGAUGUACCCCACCAUGGGCGAUGGGAGGAAUCCAACGCUUGUAGCGGGGUCGUCUUAUCGUGACAGGGACCAUUCCAUCUCAUCCAGAGGUCCAGCGCAGUGAGAGUGGGGAAGAUACAGGUAUCGACCACAACGUAUCACAACUUCCGCGCUUGAAUGGAGCGAGCCAACAUUUUGCGGAGCUGCCAGUCCUUCGAGGAAUCUUCCAAGCGGUCAGGAAGCCUACCAGACCUGGCCAAACAAAUCAACGACAUGGCGACCGAGCCCUUCUCCACCUACCCAUUGGGAGACUUCUCUCUUAAGAAUGGAGGACUGAUACCAGACGCAAGGAUCGCGUACAAGUCGUUCGGCAAAGCAGGCAACCCGGCCAUCAUCUAUCCAACCUGGUACUCCGGAACGAUUGAAGACAAUGAGUGGCUUAUCGGCACUGACAAGACUUUGAGUCCGGAGAAGUAUUUCAUCGUGAUUGUGGCUUUAUUUGGGAAUGGCCAGUCCAGUAGUCCGUCAAAUCGAAAGGAACUUCGCCCGUGGCCGGAAGUCACCUUUUACGACAACGUUCGGGCCCAAUACGAGCUUGUCACAAAAAAACUCAAUAUCAAGCAUGCCAAAGCAGUGCUAGGAUGGAGUAUGGGGGCGGGACAAACAUAUCAAUGGGCCACGCAAUACCCUGAUUUCAUGGAUUUCAUUGUGCCCUUCUGCGGGUCGGCCAAGACCAGCCUCCACAAUCAGUCUAUGCUUGAAGGUGUAAAGGUGGCGGUCUUGGGCGGCAAAGGUGCCGCAUCCGGCGGAGUGGGGAAGGGCGAGGCCACCAUCAACCAAUAUCGCGCGUGGAGCGAUCAUGAGAAGGUGGUUGGCUUGAAAGCUCUCGGUCGAGUAUAUUCUGGCUGGGGCUUCUCUCAAGCAUUCUAUCGACAGAGACUGUUUGAGAGUGCCCUCGGCUUCAAGGACAUCGAGGACUUCAUGGUGAACUUCUGGGAAACGUGGGCGUUGUCGAAGGAUCCCGAUAAUAUGAUUGCAAUGCUCUACACCUGGCAGUGUGGCGACGUCUCGCAGCAAGAGCCAUACAACGGCGACUUCGAUGCUGCAAUGAAAGGCAUCAAAGCAAAAGCCCUCGUGCUACCGAGCAUGACCGAUCUAUACUUUCCUCCCGAGGAUAGCGAGGAUGAGGUGGCUCGUAUGCAUCCGGGGAUCGGUCAGUGUGUGCCUUUUCAGUCAAUCUGGGGACAUUGGGCCGGGGGACCUGGACAGUCUACCGAGGAUGUGAAGUGGCUUGAUCAGCAACUCAAGGACUUCUUCGAGUCUGGCUGAGCUUCGCGACUUCUCACGUGCAGCGGCCUGGUUGCCUGGUUCUGUGUUCUGAUGGAAUGUCGCAUUCUGCUAGGGGAGGCAGCCCUGCUCUGUGCGCGGAAGCGGGCCGUUCGCUUCGUAACGUGGCUUACGGAACUGGGCACCCAGUAAAGCACGUAAACCUCCACACUUUACACCACUUUACUCAAUUCUACUAGCG